CUCCAAACCCACCGUGGAGCAUCUCCACCUUCAGCCUCUGGACCCUGCAAGGCGCAAAGAUCUGCUCUCCACAGCUCCACUGUUUUACCUCAGCAUUAGCACCAGAAAGGUGGAACCUCUACGUCUGCAGAUCCCUCAUCUCCUCAGGCUGAAAGUUUCUGGUUGCUGUUGUUGUCGGCGGUGCGCAGAAAGCAUUGCCUGCCAGCUGCGCAGACAUGCAGGCGAUUGCGCUGCUGGCGCUCGUCACGCUCCCAGCCUGCAGCACCGCGUCGGGGGCUGACGCCUGCCCCGCCGUCUGCGAGUGCUCUGAGUGGAGAAGCCUCACCAUCUCCUGCUUUGACAUUGAUGUUCUCCCGAGGUUUCCAGCGAGCACCGAGACGCUGUGGCUUUUUGAGACACGCCUACCAUCCAUUCCCACAAAUGCAUUUUCCAGCAUGGUCAACAUCACAAGGAUAUAUCUAUCAGUGGAUGUGGUGCUACAGAGGCUGGACAAGCACGCCUUUUACAACCUGAGGAAAAUCACCCACAUAGAGAUUCGGAACACAAAGAAUCUGAAGUAUCUUGACCCAGAAGCCUUUAAGUCGCUCGCAAAUCUCAAGUAUUUAGGGAUUUUCAACACAGGCCUAACCCUGUUUCCUUCCCUGAGCAACAUCCAUUCAAACUACAUGAACUUUAUACUGGAAAUUGUUGAUCAUCCUCACAUCACUGAGAUCCCAGCAAACUCAUUUCGCGGCGUCACAAGUGAAAUGCUGACAGUAAUGCUGUAUGGAAAUGGCUUCAGAGAGGUACAUCAUCAUGCUUUUAAUGGUACAAAGCUGGAUCAAGUUGACCUCCACAGGAACACGUUUUUGACAAACAUAGAUGACAGAGCUUUUGUUGGAACCAUCAGCGGCCCAAUGCUUCUGGAUGUGUCAAUGACUGGGAUUAUGUCUUUGCCCACCAAGGGCAUGGAGUCUCUGCGGGAACUGAAGGUGCGCAGUGCCUGGGCUCUUAAGAAGCUGCCCCCCAUCAAGGUCUUUAAACACCUCACUGUUGCCAAUCUGACUUACCCAAGCCACUGCUGCGGUUUCAAAAACCUCAAAAAGAAACGAGGCUUCCUGGAAUACAUCAUCUGCAACUUAACUGCUUUCUACGACCAGCAUCACAAACGAUCUGUGGGGCCCCUUCGCAUGCCCACUCUUAAUGCAGACAGCGUUGUUGAAACUCCUGCAGCCCAGGAGCAAAGCGAUGGAGAUUAUCAAGAAAUCCAUCAAGAUUGGAGGCAAGGAGACUUCCAUGGCAGCCUCCUCUACCACACAUACUUCGGAGGGCAGCCUGAUGAUGAACUUGGUUUUGGAGAAACCCUCAAGAACCCCCAAGAGGACAACAGUCAUGAUUUUGAUAGUCGUUAUGAUUAUGUGGUGUGUGAAGAAGGGGAGGAGGUCGCAUGUGCACCAGUACCCGAUGAGUUCAAUCCUUGUGAGGACAUCAUGGGUUAUGGCUUCCUGCGAGUGUCUGUGUGGUUUGUGAGUCUGCUGGCUGUGCUGGGAAACUUGGUAGUUCUCCUGGUUCUGCUCACCAGCCAUUACAAGCUCUCAGUCUCCCGCUUCCUCAUGUGCCACUUGGCCUUUGCAGAUCUGUGUAUGGGCAUUUACCUCCUGCUUAUAGCAUCUGUAGAUCUCCACACAAGGUCUGAAUACUUCAACCAUGCCAUAGACUGGCAGACCAGUCCUGGGUGUGGACUUGCAGGGUUUUUUACAGUCUUCUCCAGCGAGCUUUCUAUCUACACCCUGACAGUCAUUACUCUUGAGAGGUGGUAUGCCAUCACUUUUGCUAUGCGGCUGGAUCGCAAACUGCAUCUAUACCAUGCAGCGGUGGUGAUGUUAGGUGGAUGGAUCUUUUGCCUUCUCCUGGCCUUGCUCCCGCUGGUUGGGGUGAGCAGCUACCAGAAGGUCAGCAUCUGUCUCCCAAUGGACACCCAGUCCACAGCUGCUCAGAUCUACAUCUUGUCCGUGUUGGUUCUAAACAUUAUGGCUUUUUUCGUAAUCUGUGCUUGCUAUAUCAAGAUCUACUGCACGGUGCGUAAUCCCCACUAUCACUCUGGAUCCAAGGAUACCAACAUUGCCAAACGCAUGGCAAUACUCAUCUUCACUGACUUUCUUUGUAUGGCACCCAUUUCCUUUUACGCCAUGUCAGCCGUUCUGGAUCGGCCCCUCAUCACUGUCUCUAAAUCCAAAAUUUUAUUGGUCCUCUUUUAUCCCCUGAACUCCUGUGCCAAUCCAUUUCUCUAUGCCAUCUUCACAAAGGCCUUUAGGGGAGACAUAUUUAUCCUUUUCAGUAAAGUGGGCCUAUGUCAGCAGCGAGCACAACUGUUUAGAGGCCAAACAGUUUCAUCAAAAGGAAGCAACGGGACUUGUCAGGUCCGUAGAGACAAGGUGAAGAACCAAGGAGCCUUAGACCAUGAAGACAUACCCAUCCACCUAAGAAAGUGCUCCAAACAUUUGUACAAAAAGGCAAUAAGCCAGCAGAAGAGCACUGAGGAGAAGGACACCAUAGGUCAGCCAGACUCCACUGUGAGGUAGAAAAAAACAAAUCAAGUUCAGGGGCCUUAAGGAGCUGUGGAUAUAUCUGUUAAGAAACUUAACAGUACGCUCCAACAUUUGGUAUCUGAUUUAGCUUUCAGAUCCAAGUCGAGGUCCGGUCACCAUUCCGGCUGUAAUGAUUUAAGGUUCCAGCUGAAACAUGAGCCUGACUUCAUCUCACUUGUACUCCUGUUCACAACAGUGGAAGAACUGUAUUUUGUUUUCAGAGAAAACACAUCCAUUUGUAAAGCAGUGCAUUUAUUUCCAGGGUCCGAAUUAUGAAAUGAGUGUAAUUCAGUGUAAAUCUAAACGUUAAAGGGAAUUUAACGAGACUUUGUAAGCUCCUGGCUUUAAAGGGAUUUGAUUACUUUUCUGUGGAACAUAAGGCAUAUUUUUUAAGAAGCUUUAGGACUUUAAUGAAGCUGCUUUCUUUUUGUGUCUCCAUCACAUAUCAGGGUCCUUAGUAAGUCUUUCCUUAAAAUAUGAACUUUCCUUACAUAAGCUGAUCUGUGCCUUACCUGAUCUGAGUUUUGUCAUGUUUCAGAAAAGGUGUGAAGGUAUUCUGCCCUUCUAUAAUUCCCAGUUAACACUCAGAGAAAACAGUUCUGGAUGAUCUUGUGCCGGACAGCCUGCUGGCUCAGUGCCGUUCAGUUUUAGAAGCUUUUCCAGUAAGUACAGAAGCACCAUGACUCUAUACUCAUGAAAACAUAUAAUUGUGCAUGGAGACCCAUAAAUGAA